UGAGUUGCGGAAUGACUGGAUCAGAUAACAGAAUCCAGCAAACCUUAUCCUCUGAAGGCUCCAAACUGGCCAAUGCCUCAAGUUUCUCACUAAAAGCUACCGGAAAAUUUAAGCAAAAGAAGAUGGUGGGAGCAGAAUGGCAGCCUCAUUUCUUCCCACUGCAAAUCCCCUGUUCCUCUCCUGCUCUUCCUCUUCCUCUUCUUCAUCUUCUUCACUGUCACCAACUGCAUUUAGUCCACACAAGAACCAGUUGAGGAGCAGGAUCACUGUCUGCAAGGCAUUUAGUGAUACCCCCAUUGCAACGGUGAGCAGGAGAGGCCUUGCCAUUUCUUUCAUCACCACCACAUUCCUGUUCUCUUUGGAAGGGAGAGAGAAACUGGGCGGUGCCAAUGCAGCUAUCCUUGAGGCUGAUGAUGAUGUGGAGCUCCUGGAGAAGGUGAAGAAGGACAGGAAGAAGAGGCUGGAGAGGCAAGGGAUCAUCAAUUCAUCCAAAACAGAGAAGGGAUAUUUGCAAGAUCUUGUGUACAAACUGAGUGAAGUAGGACAAGCCAUAGAUAACAACAACCUACCAGCGGCAAGUUCAGUUCUCGGAGGAAGCACGGAGACAGAAUGGCUCCAGAAGGCCAACCUUGCACUCACGAAGCUGACUUCAAGUCCUGAAGAAAAGACUGAGGUGGACACAUUUAAUUCAUCGCUAGCUUCAUUAAUUUCAUCAGUCACAAGGAAUGACAUUGAAUCUUCCAAAGUCGCUUUCAUCACAUCAGCUAGCGCUUUUGAGAGAUGGACAACCUUAACAGGGCUCGUCGAAGUGCUCAAAGGACUAUAGAAACGACGACGAUUUUUCAAUUUUCAUUUUACUUCCCCUUCAAGAAAUUUUCUUUCUCCUGCAUUAGAUAUCUCGGCUAUCAUCCUUGCCGACAAGUUGUUGCCCAUUCAAUUUGAGCAUUGUUUCGCACAUUGAAAAGUACCUCAAAUUCUUGCUUCAUUGUACUUUAAAUACAAUAAGUUUCUCCUAGUUUUAGCCUUGAUGUUACUCUC